UAAGAUCAGAUGAAAAGAUACUUUGCCUGAAACCCAAAACCAAGUCGGAAGACACCCGAAACGGCCUCACUAAUGAUAUCAGCACAGAUCAAUACAAGUCUGUUCUCUCUUCCAAGCCUUCGCGUUGCAG